ACGUUGUCAAUCCUGUAUUUGAGUCCUUAAUGUUAUGGCAUCAUAGAUGAGAAGUUUCAGGUUGUUUUUGUGAAAGAUAUGAAAUUACCAAUCAAAAGUGAAAGCAAAAAAUAAAUGUGUAUGUAAGUCUUUCCACUAGUCUCCACCCAUCGUCAUGACAGCAGGGUAUAUAACGGACACGAGCGGGUGUUAGUAUAAAAUAUCUAUAAAUAUCACUGUAAGAACUUCUACAAGUGAGGAAACUCUUGAAGACUGGGUAUAUUGGACAGAAGGCAACAGCAUCAGAAAAUUUGCAGACAUGUCUACCAACAGAUAUUCAGCUCAGCAAAGUACACGCGUAAUGACAGAGUCUAAACCUGCAAGAAAGAUUUUUCUCCUUGGAAAAACAGGAGAUGGAAAAAGCAGCAGUGGAAAUACUAUUCUCAAUAAAGAAACAUUCACAACUGAAUCUUCACCUGAAUCUGUAAUAGCUGGAUGUCAAACAGGAGUUGAGAUGGUUGAUGGAAGAUCAGUCACAGUUAUUGACACACCUGGAUUCUUUGACACACAUCUUGAUGAGGAAUUCAUCAAAUCUCAGAUCAUUAGGUCCAUUAUUGAAUGUGCUCCAGCUAUCGAUGCCUUUGUCAUCGUUCUAAAAGUUGAAAGGUACACACGACAAGAAAUGGAGAUUCUGGAUAAAAUUGUUGAGUGCUGUGGAGAGAAUACCUUUAAACAUGCAGUGGUUUUAUUCACUCAUGGUGAAGAACUAGACGGUCAAACUAUUGAAGAAUUUGUGAAGAAGAGUUCAAAACUACAGGAGCUUGUCAAUAAAUGUGGAGGUUGCUGUCAUGUCAUUGACAAUAAACACUGGAAUGACUGUCACUUAGGGUACAGGAGCAACAAGGUCCACAUGAAAAAACUGAUGGAGACCAUCGACAUGAUGGUGCAAGAGAAUGGCUGCUACACCAAUGAGCUGAUGUCACAAGCAGAGGAAGACAUUCAAGAGGAGAUGCAUAGUAUGGACACAAUUAAUUUGUCUCCGGAAGAGAAGCGUGAGGCAGCGAAGAAGAUUGUUUAUAAAAAAUAUCUCAUUAGGUUUGCAGGAGUGGCUACAGGGACACUGGUUGGUGCUUUUAUGGGCAUCGGUGUCGCAGUGGUAUCUGUUGUGGCUUUACUGAGAGCGGUUAUAUUGACAAAAGUAUUCAAAGAAAUAGCCACAACUGCAACUGCAACUGAUGUAAGCACAUUAGCGGGUAAAGCAGCAGUGGCAGCAACAGCAACAGGAGCAACAGCAGUAGCAACAGCAGGAGCAUCUGCAGUAACAGCAGCAGCAGCAGCAGGAGUGGGAACAGUAGCGGUGGAGGCAGGGAUAGUAACAGGAGCAGCAGCUGCAGGAACAGUAGCGGUGGAGGCAGGAGUUGCAGCAGGAGCCGGCAUCGGAGCAGCAGCUGGUAUAGGAAUCGCUGCAGGUGUCAUAUUAGGAGCUGCAGCUCUUGCAGGAGCUGUUGGAGGAGGAAUCACUGGAUACAAAUCAACAAAGGAAGCUGAUUCUCUGUUUGAUGCCAUUAAAAUGGCAGCUAAAGUUAACUAUAAGAAUGCAAAAGAGGUUAUUAGUAAGGUGGAACAACUCCCUUCUAAUGUUUAUAAGAAGAUUCAGUAGAAUUUCUUGUUAUGAAUGAAUGAAAUGCAACAAAUUGCUGUUGUAAAUUCAAUAUUUUCAUUUAUAUUUUAUAUAACAUUCUACACUGUCACAUGACAGUGGCACCUGCAGCUGUACAGACCAUGCAUACCAUGGCCGCUCAUACUGAAACAAUUUCCUUACAGUUUAAUUAUAUUAACAUAGACUGAAUCAGUGAUACCAAUCAUUAAUUAAAUAUCCAUUCUUGCAAGUUCGGUUCUUUCUCUCCUGUAAAUUGGCCAGACGCGUUUGCAAUACAGUCAGAAUCGAUUUGCAUUUGUUCAGACCGCACUCUCACGCCAUCAUCUGUAGCGAUUUGCUCAGAAUAACCAAUAGGGCUGGGACAAUACGUUGAUUCUCGAUUUGCAAUAAAAAGAAUUUGGAGUGAUUUUAAUAUUUUUAAUGUAUCUCCAUUCUCUCUCGAAUCGAAACGGAGCUUAGAUUUAAACAGCAGAUGGCACUGCGUGCUUUAGAAACACCCGUACUCUUCCAGUACGCUUCGUUCCUUUACACACACCACUUAAACCAUAAAUAAUCAUUCAUAAAGUUUGAAACGGUUGAAGUGAAUUAAAAGGGUGUAUUUACAUUAAUCUCGCAUCUUAAAAGCAUUCUGAGCUGAGGUGCAAGUAUAUUUAACCACUUUCAUGACUCAGCUGAAUGCUCUUCAGCACUCUUCUUUGUGAAUAUUUGAAUGUAUAGUUAAAACUAGCCUACAUUGCCAUCUGCUGUUAAAACUAAGCUCAGAAUUGACCCAGAAUCAUUGCACCAUGAGUACAGAAUCAAUGUAUUGUCCCAGCUCUAAUAACCGAUAGUGUAACAGAGCUGGAUGGAAUAUUUGUACCUGCAAGGUUAAUUUUUGGGCCAAAGUACAGCAGAAGUAAAAUGAGGAGUCAUGUUUUAUUAAACUUCUUAUUUGGGCAAGCAAAGAUGGCUAUCUGGUUGUCAAGAAAAAGUAAAUUGAAUGAUGAGGGAUCAACUGAUGCUAUUUCAAUAUUGAAGGGAUUAAUAAAAUCCUGUAUUAAUAUAAAGUAUAGUUAUUAUGAGUUAAUAAAUGAUCUGCAGAUGUUCAAAUAUAAAUGGGAAGUUAAUCAAUGUAUUUGUAAAGUUGACUCUGAAGAAG